GAAGUUUCGGCAUCUCGAUAAUCUCGAUCUGUUCGUCUCCACUCCCUCCGGCGUACUAGAUUCGCCGACCGAAAAUCUCCUCAACCGCGCCGCAGGUGUCCACCGUUUCAAUCGGCAACAAUGUCGAUGUCAAAGAGCUCCAAGAUGCUCCAGUUCGUAAACUACAGGAUGCGAGUAACGAUCCAAGACGGAAGGCAGCUCGUGGGGAAGUUCAUGGCCUUCGAUCGCCACAUGAACCUCGUCCUCGGUGACUGCGAGGAGUUCCGCAAGCUCCCGCCGGCGAAAGGGAAGAAGAUCAACGAGGAGAGGGAAGAUCGGCGUACGCUAGGGUUGGUUCUUCUCAGAGGCGAAGAGGUUAUCUCCAUGACGGUGGAAGGACCGCCUCCUCCUGAAGAGUCACGUGCCAAGGCUGGCUCUGCAGUGGCUCUUGCUGGGCCUGGAAUGGGCCGUGCUGCUGGACGUGGAGUGCCUACUGGGCCGCUCGUUCAAGCGCAGCCUGGGCUUGCUGGGCCUGUUCGUGGAGUUGGUGGGCCGUCUCCGGGGAUGAUGCAGCCUCAGAUCUCUCGUCCUCCUGUGAUGCGGCCUCCUGGGCAGAUGCUCCCGCCGCCUCCGGCUUUUGGUGGUGGUCCUCCUCCGAUGGGGAGAGGCGUUCCGCAAGGUCCUCCGCCGAGUUACGGUAUGAGGCCGCAGUUUGCUGGACCGCCGCCUCAUGGGAUGGGAGGACCGCCUGGUGGUCCUCCUCCGCCUCCGUAUGGGCAGAGACCGAUGGGGCCUCCGCCUGGUGGGAUGAUGAGGGGGCCUCCACCACCUCAUGGGAUGCAGGGACCGCCUCGCCCUGGAAUGCAGCCUCCUCCUGGAGGGUUUGCUCCGCAGCGUCCGGGGCCGCCGCCGCCUAAUCCACAUAAUCAGCAGCAGUGAUUAGGUUUGCCUUUGUUUGGUGAGAUUGUGAAGUUUGUUUGGUUGGACUUUGUGCUUUUCAUGUCUUUAGCUGCAAUCUCUGAUCUAUCUUUAAAGUUUGUAGAUUUGUUGACGAGUGAGAGUGUCUUUGUUGCCCUAUCUUCUUGUGUUUCCGUAAGAGAGAUUUUAUUAAACUUUGUUAUUCACAUCUUAUUUGCGUC